CAUGAUCAGCUUUGAUGUCUUCCCGGAGGGCUGGGACAAGCGCUACUGCCUGAACGUGCUCGAUGACGAGAGAUUUGACACCAUUCACUUCUUUGGGAACGAGACAACCCCUGGAGGGAACGAUUAUGAAAUCUAUGACGAUCCCCGCACGGUGGGACACAGCGUCCAGUCCCCCCAGGACACGGUUCAGCGAUGUCGCGAAAUCUUCUUCCCAGAGAGAGCAAAUGAGUGCUGAAUGCCAAGUCCCCACAGCCCUGCCCCAGCCCCACCCUCCCCUCCCACCAGGAAAAGCACCUUCAUUCGAGGAAUCUGCUCAGGGUAGAUGGGGAAAAAAAACACUUUCAGGAGCUGGUCGGGAUAUAAC